AUUCAGAAUUGCCUUCAUUUUGGUUAUCGGCAUCGCGAGUGAAAACUGCGUUUCAAUCACGAAAACGGGUUUAUUUUCUAAAAUUUGCAGGGAAUCAGGCAAUAUUUGCAAGAAUCAGUUAAACUACCGUUGUAGGAAGAAAUAAAACCAUCUAUUGCGAUAAUGGAUCGUAAUAAUGACCGUAACAACGAUCGCGAACGCGGUCGUCGUCACCGCUCCAGGUCACGUUCCCGUGAACGACGUCGCAGUCGAAGCCGUGGGGAACGAAAAGGGCGUUCCCGGUCGAGAUCACCGUAUCGGAAGGGACGUUCUCGCCGGAGGAAGCCUUCUCUAUACUGGGACGUUCCUCCACCAGGUUUCGAACACAUCACGCCUCUUCAGUAUAAGGCUAUGCAAGCGGCUGGCCAAAUUCCUGCAAAUAUCGUAGCUGAUACGCCGCAAGCUGCUGUUCCGGUUGUGGGUUCAACGAUAACCCGACAGGCGCGACGACUGUACGUUGGAAACAUUCCGUUCGGUGUAACGGAGGAGGAAAUGAUGGAAUUCUUCAACCAACAAAUGCAUCUAUCGGGAUUGGCACAAGCAGCCGGCAAUCCGGUACUAGCCUGCCAGAUAAAUUUGGAUAAAAAUUUUGCUUUCCUCGAGUUUCGUUCUAUCGAUGAAACCACCCAGGCAAUGGCUUUCGACGGUAUCAACUUCAAAGGACAAAGUUUGAAGAUUCGCCGACCGCACGAUUAUCAACCGAUGCCCGGUAUGACCGAUUCUGCCGCCAUCGCUGUGCCAGAAAAAUUCUCCGGCGUCAUAAGCACGGUGGUACCGGAUUCGCCCCACAAGAUCUUUAUCGGCGGUUUGCCUAACUAUUUGAAUGAGGACCAGGUCAAGGAAUUACUGCUUUCUUUCGGACAAUUAAAGGCCUUUAACUUGGUCAAGGAUGCUGCAACUGGUUUAAGCAAAGGUUACGCUUUCGCUGAAUAUGUGGAGUACAGUAUCACCGAUCAGGCUAUUGCCGGAUUGAACGGUAUGCAACUUGGUGACAAGAAACUAAUUGUACAAAGAGCCAGCGUUGGCGCAAAGAAUUCGAACGUGGCCGCCGUGGCACCAGUACAGAUUCAGGUCCCAGGUCUUUCGCUGGUUGGUUCCUCAGGUCCACCGACAGAGGUACUCUGCUUACUCAAUAUGGUUACACCGGACGAAUUGAAGGAUGAAGAAGAAUACGAGGACAUCCUGGAGGAUAUCAAGGAAGAGUGUAACAAAUACGGCGUGGUGCGGAGUGUGGAGAUUCCGCGGCCCAUCGAGGGAGUCGAUGUACCCGGCUGCGGCAAGGUCUUUGUCGAGUUCAACUCGAUUGUGGACUGCCAGAAAGCGCAGCAAGCUCUCACCGGGCGCAAGUUCAGUGAUCGCGUCGUUGUUACUUCAUACUUUGACCCCGAUAAGUAUCAUCGUCGCGAGUUUUAAAAUGACUAAAAGAUUUUCACUGCGCCGCGUGUAGACGGCAAGUUAGGCAGACACCAGACUUAACAACCAGAUAGGUAUAGCACAAUAGGUCUUGUGAAUGUAAAGUUUACCUCUUAGGACAAAAGCUGCAUAACGUGGUUUAAAAGCGUAUGCAAUAAAAAAUUAAAGGAGGGUUCAUUAAUUCCAAAUCAAACAACACUUGGGAAAAGGCAACACACAUCGUGCGAACAAGCAGCAACGAAACAAAUAUCAUGUAGCCAAACAGAUACACUAAGAUACAAAAACAAAGCAGUGUUGACUCGUCUCAUUCAAAGUUUUAUUGCAAAAGUUAUUUUAAUGUUUCGUCUGCAGGUAUUUUAUUCUUAUCAGUAGUAUUUCUCAUAGUGGAACAACGCAAAUUAAUUUACAAACUAGUACAAACUAGUGAUUACCAUGGAGUACAGACAUUGAGAGAGCAUCCCAAAAAUUGUUUGUAUUUCAAAGCACCACAAUAAAUGCUUGAUCUAAAACAGUAGUGUGAACUGCUUUGGAAGCGCGUAAUUGGAAACAAAGUGAGCGGCCUGCUCAACAUUGUCCGUGUUGCGGGCUGUGUGAAUACAACUCUUGAUUUCUUUAAUUAUUUUGCUACCUGUCUGCACCCGUCGUGAGCAGAAUAGGAAUGAGUUGUAGGUUGAGUUGACGUACGGAUCCACUAUAGUGACUCAAUUGAGGGCUUAAUGCGUCUGAUGAAAUGAUUUUUCAAUUGAAUUGUAUCGCAUGCGCAAAUGCAUUCAUCUGCAUUCCGCGCGACCAUCAUUUUCUCACACAGUGAUUGUUGCCAGCUAGGUGGUCCUAAGUGUUUUAUUAUGGUUUUUAAUUGUGCAGCUCCAUCAUGAAAUCUGUGUAAUUGUAAGUUUCUCAAAACGGAAAUCUGGUGAAAAUUGAGUGUAAUAGAAUAACUGUGCUGUACCGAAA